AAACAAUUCCCAAAAUUCGUUGUGCGGCUUUUUUCGUUGGCUUUUAUUUUGGCUUUUGCUUGUGUCAAAUUUGUUGCACUCGCCAGCGAGACCAUGGCGGACGACAGGCCCUUCAAUCCGUUCUACAUUGGACCGCACCCGAGCAGGGCUUGCGCCAUACCCGAGAUCCCCGGCCAGCAGUGCAAUCCCGCCUGCGGAGGCGCACCCUCUGCCGCAGUGCCCAACGGCAGCAGCAGCGACCAGUGGUCCCGCCCAACAGCGCAGACUGGUGCACAGGGAGCAGAAGCCGCGGCAGUGCCCAUCUCCAUUGGCACGGCCGCACCUGGACAAUCGCUGGCCGCCACUGCCGCACCACCCAUCCUGGUCAGUGGAACAUCCAAGCCGGUGCAGCCGGGAUCAAGCGACCCAACACACUGCCAGACGUAUCCUUGCCUGGAGGCAAAACAUAAUUAACGCAGCGACAUCAAAGUCGGGCAAAAGCCAAACAAAUUCUUGCACUCAUUCCACCAGAGUGAGCCCCGAAACAGAGACAAUAAAGCAGCACAACAAUGACCCCAA